CUUCUCCCGGUUUGCCCGCCAACAGACCCAUCGAUUUUGUUAGAGGAAGAAUAGAAUGUUCGCUCUCCGAAUUCACACAGUUGAUACCUCCCAACCGCCGUUUGCGACGCAGUUCGGCGGUGGUGCCGCUACAUCCGGCACCAAAUCCGCCGUCGCCGGAGGUUCAAACCCUAAGUCUAAGAAAAACUUAUUCAGUCCUACUGAACUCAAAGGUGUAGUCCAUCUCUUCCGCAAUCUACCAACCUUCAGCUCCUCCCCCACUAUGACGUUGUUCAACGUCACUACACGCACCACACUUGCGUUUAUCGUUGCUGUACCUAACUACCUUUCGCCUGAAGAGUUCAUCACUUUCUGUGGCUCUCACGUCGAGUACUUCACCGAUCUCUGUUUCAUCAGAAAUGAUGCGGUGGAAGAACGGUAUAGCGUGCUUAUUAAGCUGGUGAAUCAAGCGGCUGCUGAUGGAUUCUGUUGUAGUUACAACGGAAAGCGGUUUGGUCCUUCUGAGACUGAGGUUUGCCAUGUCUACUUCGCUCAAUUAGUGGAAUACACAGAUUCAUCAGAGAUCGCUAGCAUCCCUCAGCCAGGGUAUACAGAAUUGCCUACUUGUCCUGUUUGCUUAGAGAGAUUGGAUCAUGACACAAGUGCAAUAAAGAUUACAGUAUGCGACCAUUCCUUUCAAUGUUCUUGCAUUACAAAGUGGCCCUUCUGGUCUUGCCAGGUCUGUAGACUUUGUCAACAACAGGAUGGAAAACCAACUUGUGCAGUUUGUGGAACAUCUAGCAAUCCAUGGGUUUGUCUGAUAUGUAGUUUUGUAGGAUGUGGAAGGUAUGAAAAAGGACAUGCUAUUGAGCAUUUUCGUCAUGCUCAACAUAGCUAUUCACUUGAACUGGAAACACAGCAGAUUUGGGAUUAUGUUGGUGAUAAAUAUGUUCACCGAUUAAAUCAAUCAAAAAUUGGUAGCAAAUCAAUUGCAACAAAUCAUCAAUGUGAAUCACUUGAAGGGGAAUGUGGUGAUAAAGAAGAUGAUGAAGUUGAUGGAGCACUUUUUAGCACCAAAGUUGAUGCGAUUGUAGAUGAAUACAACUUUCUUCUUGCAACCCAGAUGGAGACCCAACGACAACAUUAUGAAACGUUGCUUGCUGAGGCAAAAAGUCGAAAGGAGAUAUUGAUAGGUGAAGCGAUACAAAAAGCUGAAGCUGAAAAGACACAGGAAAUUCAACAUAAACUUGAACAAGUUGCUAAAGAGACAAAAUCUGUUUCACAUGUUAAUGAAGAUCUUGCAAAAGAGCAAGAAAAUCUCAAGAGAAAAUGCAAGGAAGUCCAAGACAGGGAAAUUGCAUCAUUGAAAUUGAAGGAAGAGAAAAUAGUUGAUCUUGAGGAACAGAUAAGAGACUUGAAAAUUUAUAUAGAAGCUCAAAGAACACUGGCAACAUCAAGUGAUAGAGAGGAGAUUAAAGGGGGAACAGUUUUGCCUGUUCAACCAAAUCAGUCAAGCCCCAAGACUAAUAAUAAUAAUUCUAGAAGAAGAGGAGGAGGGCGAAAACGUAAUUAGACCAUUUUUUAUUUCUGGAGUUUUGAGUGUAUAUAAUAAAAAAGUUGGAAAUAAAAGGGUAAAAGAGAGAAAGAGACAGAAUAAAUGCC